AUGAGUGAGAAGGUCAGGCGGACGUCAGGCACAGAGAAGAGCGCGAGUGACACAAUGGGCACAAGCGAGGGCGGCAGGCGGAACAGUAUUCUGGAUAGAGCCCGUUCGAGUCUCAAAGUACACGAAGAUGGUUCACAAUCACGCAAAGGUUCAGUGGGGGCUAUGCGACGAUCAUCUUCAUUAGCUAAGAAUCUCCAGAACAUACAGGCGGAACAGCAGGAAACUCUGGAACACUCCCUCCAACAACUGGCCAAUUUG